AUGUCAACCCCGAUUCAAACGGCAGUGGUUGAUGCGUUGUCGAAAGGUUUAAAAUACAGGUAUUAUCAGCCAGGUGCGUUGGGAGCCUACGAGACUGUGAAUUUGGAUGAGUUUGGCCCUGCGUUACAGCCGAUGAACGCCUACCGUAUGGGAGAUGUAACGGAAACUGUGAAGUUGCUGGAUGACGACGAUCAGAGCAGCGAUAUAGGCGUUGGAGACACGGAAGAAGUUCGUCCCGAAGUAGAGAAGGCGUUGAAUACCAUAUAUUGGGUCCCGGCGGCUAAGAAAGGGUCGGAUGGGCGCUGGCAAACACGUGUGCUAUGCGCGCGCGACAUUAUGGGGCGCGUUCUGGGUCGGGAGAAAUACAAUAUUUCGGAGCUAGAGGCAGCGUACCCUGGUUUGUGCAUAGAAUUGGAACAGAAUAAGAACUAUGGGAGUAACGCCGGGCAAAAGAAUCGGGUUCGAUUGUCUCAGGGCGCGACAUUUAUAACGAUGUCACAUGACAGCGACAAGAUUAAGCUUGCUGAGGCACGUCUGGAGCUUGAGGAGCUGGUAUCGAAGUUUAGGAGUUUUGCGGCGUAUACGCACUUUAUAUCACUACCUAUUUUGUUGGCAGACAACGUGGAAUUCCCCGGUCGGUUGAGGGAGUUUUUCAAACGGUUGGAUGAUAAAGCAUUGGUGAAUGAUGUUCGGAUUAUGAUGCCAUUGGGGAUGUGUCAUUACACGCUAAUUAUGUUACGGCUUUACACUGACGACGAGAUUGCUGCAGUUAUUAAAGUGAUACAGAAGCUCAAAAGUCCUUUGUUCGGUGAUGAAGUACCGGUUAGCAUCCCAAGAGACGUCCAGCCUCCGCCAAAGGGUUUUUUGGUGCAUCUGAAGGGGGUAUAUUGCAUGGACGAAGACGAAACUCAGGCGUCCGUGCUAUACACCAAGGAAGUUGAGGCAGAUGCGUCGAACGGAUCUGCGGCAACGAACGACCUCAACGGAACCUCCCAAUUUAAGUCGGUUGCAGACCCUUCCGUUAGCGACGAACCUUGCAAUAAUGAUCCCUGGUUAAGGCUACGUCGAUCCGCUCAUAGUUAUCUGGACGCUCUGGUCGAAGACCUCGUGGCCGGACUACUUAGUGAAGGCGUUUCCUGCGUCGAGGAACUGGUUGAAGACCGGCUAAUCCAGGCUGACGGCUCAAUUCAGCGGAAACUACACAUUACGCUCCUAAAUAGAAAAUUAGGCGACAAAAAACCUUUCAAUGCCCGACUUAUUCUGGAUGACCCAAGCCUGAGAAACUUCGACUUUGGCAACGCCAUUAUCACCGGUCUGCACCUAUCCCGAAGGGGCGAACCUUCACCAGAUACUUUCUACUACCACCCGGAGUUCGUCAGACCUUUGAGACCUCAUGUGGGCUUAUAG